GGUACAACCAACAACAUAACUCAACAAGUCUCAUUCCUCUCAACUCUCUCUUUCGAAUAUACGCAAAACCCUAAAAAAAAACAUUUUCGUUCACGAUUUUAUUAAAUUUUAUUUUAAAAAUGAUUUCUUCAUGGAGGAAGAUUAGAAGAUCGAGCAACAAGAAAGAUGUUGCGAGCAUGGAGCUUUCGAUCCCGAAUCAUUAUCGGUGCCCGAUAUCACUAGAGUUGAUGAAAGAUCCGGUGACUCUUUCCACCGGGAUAACUUAUGAUCGAGCUAGCAUAGAGACGUGGAUUGAGGCCGGGAAUCGAACGUGUCCGAUCACGAAUCAAGUAUUGAAAACCCUCGAGCCGAUACCGAACCAUACUCUUAGAAAAAUGAUUCAAGAUUGGUGCGUGGACAAUAGUUCAUUCGGCAUUGAGAGGAUUCCUACGCCGAGAACCCCUCUUGGUGCACGCGAGAUCGCGGAGAUCCUUUCGAGACUCGUGGAGGCUCAGCAAAGAGAAGACGCUCGCGCGUGCCAGGAAAUAGUAGCUAAGAUCGUUGGCUUGGCUAAAGAGAGCGAGCGAAACAAACAGCGCAUUUUGAAGAACGAGACUAUUGGGGUCUUGGCCUCAUCAUUUGAAGCAUUCGCAAAGUCUUCAUAUGAUCAUAACGUUGGUGUUUUAGAGCAAAUCUUGUUAGCUCUCACAAUAUUGAUAUCAUCAUUAGACGGAGAGGCCAAAUUUCAUCUUGGAUCGAAUUCGUCUUUACGUUGCAUGGUGUGGCUUUUGAACAGCGGAGAUUUAUCGACGCGAAGAAACGCGGUUCUAGUACUCAAACACGUAUUAUCAUCCGAUCAAAGAAAAAUGGAUGACUUCUCCGAAAUUAAAGAGUCUUUAGAAGGGUUAGUGAAGGUGAUCAAAGAGCCGAUUUGCCCCACAACCACGAAAGCCUCGUUGGUGAUCAUCUACAACAUAAUUUUAUCGAAAAAGGUCAAUGAGAAUGUUGUAACAAAAUUUAUUAACAUGGGGUUGGUGGAAAGGCUGCUAGAAAUGCUUGUGGAUUCGGAGAAAAGCAUUUGCGAAAAGGCGCUAGGUGUUUUAGAUGGAAUUUGUAUGUGCAAUCAAGGGAGGGAAAGGGCUUAUGCGAAUGCCCUGACAAUGCCAGUCCUAGUGAAGAAAAUUCUCCGAGUGUCGGACUUGGCAACAGAAUUUUCGGUGUCGAUACUUUGGAAUUUAAGCAAAAACGAGAGCGCCGCGGGAAAUAAUGGAAAUGGUAGCGUUGUUCUUGCGGAAGCUGUUCAAGUGGGAGCGUUUCAGAAGCUGUUGUUGCUGUUGCAAUUUGGUUGUAGUGAAAGAACUAAGGACAUGGCCUCGGAUUUGUUGAAGAUGUUGAAUGUGCAUAGAGAUACGGUGGAAUGUGUGGAUACUAGAGAUUUCAGAAAUCUUAAAUUGCCGGCUUGAAUAGUGCGAGAAACCAUUCAUUUAUUAGAUAAAGUUAAUUUUCACGGAGCUAUAGGUUGAACAUAUAUUGCUGUUAAUGGGAGACUACAUUUACAAUAAUACAACUGCUUGUAAUAAUUUUUUACAAUGUGCACAAGUUUUGUUACUGUAAUUCACUCAAGUGAAGUAAUAAGACUUGAGUAUACGGUUUGUUUA